UCGAGACGCCUGCUCCAAUUCGAAUCGGUUUCCUCCGCGGAAAGGAUCGUUUAACGCGGGCAAAAUAUUUAAAUAAUAUUUUGCCCUGAAUUUCCUGUCCUUCUACCCGAUACGAACGGUAGAAUCGAAACCGACGAGUGGAAUCUAAAGCUAGAUAUGUAAUUCCAUUCGGAUGCUUCCAACGAUAGAUGCUUUCCAACGAAGAAGAGUAUUCUAUUCUAGACGGUUCGGACGGUUUGGCGCAUGCUUAAAAAAUUGCAAGUGCAGCGAUCGAUGCCCAGAGAAUUAAAUUUACUCGUACGAGGAUCACCUACGAACGUAACGCGGACGCGAGAAUAGAUACGCUUGAAGCUUCCAUUGCAUUUACGAGGAUUUGCGGGGGAAAAGUGUGACUGUUGAAAACGCAUUCGUGGUCGUAAGUACGACGAUUGGUAAAAGGCCGGUUGUAACGUGCAACGGUCAGAAGUAAUAGCUCUUCCAAUUCCAAUUCUCUUUGCCACCGUCGCUUCUUAUCGCGUCGAUUCGACGUUCCAAGGUCACCUUGACUUUGUUCGAAAAACUAAUGCGACGUAAUGCGACGGUCGUACGAGUACUCUCGUUCUCGAAGACUACGCUGCGAUCGCGCGACCAUUACGGAAAAGCUACUCCAUUCGAUAUCUUAGGCGGUAAUAAUCGACGAGGCCACGGUUCCUGCUUCGAUAACAUUUAAAGAAAACACAUGAUACAAUAAAUGACGAAAGAUUCGGGAUACAAACAAAUUUUCUCUUCUGGAUAGAAAUAUUGCCAAUUGACAUAUCUGUCGUGAACCCUGACGCAAUCUAACUGACUCGAUGCAAUGUUGACAUUCUUUACAGAUAAAUUAGUUCGUUUUGGGUCAAUCAGGAGUCGUCUUCGACGAUGAUUCCAUUUUCAAAUAUUUCACGAGAAAAGGAAAGGAGAUAAAUUACGGUUGAUAGACGAGCGAUCGUUCAGUCCUGUAACGUCGAGCAACGGAUCAACACGCGAUAAGAGUGCGCGAAAAGAUGAAAACCGAGGAGGAGGACGAGGAGGAGGAGAGAGAGGAGUUCGAAUCGUUGGUGAAGGAGUUGUAUGGCGACGUUGAUUUUUGGAAUAAGAUCACCGAGCGAAGUUACGACGAAACGCGAAAGGAACUCGAAGGGAUCUUUGGGAAACGUUUGAAUCUUCUUUCGGAGACACAUAUACGCAAUCUUUACUUUAUAAAUUUUCUCGGUAACCACGAUGGACCGUCGUCUCCCGAAAAGCCGGACUGGCUAGAUAGAGAGAAGUUUCGAAAGGGCCAGCGUUUCGCUCGCGACAACAUCGCAGGAUUUUUCCUAGGGCAGCUCUACGGUCUGUUCCUUUUGUUGUGCCAUGACGACAGUUUGAGAUCCAUAAUAGCGACGCGGAAAUCUCACACGCCUUAUCUAGCGUUCAAAAGAUAUUUGUCGACCGGUCAACGCGUACGCAACUGGUAUACGGAAGAUCCUUGGUGCGAAGGUACGAAGGCGUACAAAGAUAUUCAAACGGUCAAGAGGAUGCACCUCGAUGCGAGCACGAGAGUCAAUCGAUUCGAUUGGGAGGAGAUGGAAUCGAAGAGUGCUAUAAGAGACCCUUACUGCCCGGCCCUUCGAUUCAUAACGGAUGACUUUUCGACGAUAUUGCCUCCGGACUCGUCGUCGGCUCAGUUGUACGCGGAGCAAUCGAAAUAUUUACGCACGAAUGCGAACGCAAAGAGAAUCAAUCAAUCGGAGAUGGCCUAUACUCUGUUCGGCUUCAUGGGCCUGCCCGUACUUUAUCCCGAUCACUUUGGCAUUUAUCCGAAGACAGACGAGGACCUCGAUAAUUUCUGUUACGUUUGGAGGUGCAUCGGUUAUCUCUUGGGAAUCGACGAGGAGAUAAACAUUUGUCGGGGAAGCUUGGAUGACGUGAAAGCUCGUUGUCGAUGGUACAUCGACGAACUGGCGAAGCCUGCUCUUCAACGACUCGAGCCGCAAUGGGAACAUAUGACGAGAUGCGUCGUCGAAGGAAAUCUCUACUUCACGACCGUUUGCAACUUUGAGACGAUAGUGUUAUGCAUCGCCGACAUCGUGGGCAUCGAAAUGCCGAUCUUCUACUCUUCCUUGACUUAUUCUCAACGUAUCAAAUACUACUUGCACAAAUAUUUUCUACGAUACGGACUGAAAUAUUCCUUUGUACGAUCGUUCGUUAAUGAAGUUCUCAACUCGUCGUUCGACAAGGCCCUCGAUUUCGACGACACGAGGAUCGCCGAAUUGAAGAAAAAGUCUAUGAGUUCGCCGCUGCACGUUUCCGUUGGCAAAUGACGUCGAGCGUAACGCUGAUUCGAUAUAACGAUGAAACGUACGUAUCCGAAGACGAACGCGUUAACGCGUUCCUCGGAAAAAGGAAAGAUUACUUGGCGAUAAUAUUGAGGAAAAUAAAGUAGAAAUUUUGUAUCGAA